AUGAGUCAGCAACAACCUGAGAAGAUACAAGAUCCUAUCAAAUAUGGAGAUGUCUUCCCUGUGCAAGGUGAGCUUGCCGAGAAGCCUGUGGCGCCUCAGGAUGCAGCCAUGAUGCAGGCGGCAGAGAACUCCAUGCUUGGUCACACCCAGGAGGGCUACGCAGCUGCAGCUAUGCAAUCUGCUGCGACGCAGAAUGAGAGUGCUGGAUUUGUGGGUCACGAAGAAAUCAAUGCUGAAACCGGUCUUACCAUUGAAGAGACAGAACUUCCUGGAAAACGAAUAAUCACAGAGUCCGUUGGUGAUGAGGUUGUCGGACAAUAUAGCCAGGCAGCUCCAUUGUCCUCCGGGCUCUACUCAGCUUCUGAACAGGGAGGUAGCGGUGGUGGAAUCACCAUUGGAGAAGCACUUGAAGCCACCGCUCUUACAGCAGGAAAGAAGCCUGUGGAAUGGAGUGAUGCUGCAGCAAUACAGGCAGCGGAAGUGAGAGCCACCGGUCGUACCUCCAUAAUGCCUGGUGGUGUUGCGGCUGCUGCUCAGUCAGCCGCCACCCUUAAUGCCAGGGCAACUAGAGAAGAGGACAAGACCAAAUUGGGUGAUAUCCUCGCGAAUGCAACGGCAAAGUUGCCUUCAGAUAAGCCAGCAACGCGAAGAGAUGCAGAAGGGGUAGCAGGUGCAGAGAUGAGGAAUGAUCCUAACCUGACUACACAUCCGGCCGGCGUGGCAGCUUCUGUGGCCGCAGCCGCUAGGCUCAACCAGAGUCACAAAUGAAGUAUAGCAGCGGCACCAUGCCAUAUUUCUGGUGCUGCCCCAGAUGCUACUGCUACAUGUUAUUACAAAAACUUCUAGUGGAUUUGCUGUCAUUGCUUUGAGCAGAAUUGAUGAAUCUGCUAUUACUAUUCCAUUAAUCUUGUAAUCACUUUCUUGAAAUUUAUGAAUAAAAUAACUAGGGGAAACUGGAAAGGGCAACAAGGCUGCUGCAAAAUUAAUUUGUAUCUUUCGUAAAACUGAAAUCAAUUAUGUUAGAUAAUGAAGCAAAUCUUCACUCCUUUUCUCCAUGUUCACCUUAAUUUCUGUAUGACUGUAUGCUUAGAUUAUUUUCAUUCUACUUCUCGAGCUUCCGGACUGAAAGCAAUAAUAUUAACACUUCAAAUCGCACAUCCCACACUCAAAAGGUACAAA